AUGUCCAAAGAGAAGGAAAAAGAGACAAUGGAGGCAAAGUGGAAUCAGAUGCCCAGAGAAGAAGUUUCUGAAGUAAGAGGAGUUGUUAUGCUAAAGAGUACCUGUGAUACUUGGAAUAAAAUCUGGGACUUCCAAGCCAAACCUGAUGAUCUACUCAUUUCUUCCUAUCCUAAGGCAGGAACAACAUGGCUGCAAGAGAUUGUAGAUAUGAUACGGAAUAACGGAGAUGUUGAAAAAACAAGAAGGGCUCCUAUUAACGUACGAAAUCCUUUCCUUGAAAGAAUAAACCUACCCUAUGUUGGAGUGACCCGAGCUAAUGAUAUGCCUUCACCAAGAGUCCUAAAAACCCAUCUUCCAGUGCAACUUCUACCUCCAUCCUUUUGGGAAGAAAACAGUAAGAUCAUCUACGUGGCAAGAAAUGCCAAGGAUAACCUGGUGUCUUUUUUCCAUUUCCAAAGGAUGAAUAAAGCACUUCCAGAUCCAGGAACUUGGGAAGAGUAUUUUGAAACAUUCUUGACAGGGAAGGGUCUGUGGGGCUCCUGGUUUAGCCAUGUUAAAGGAUGGUGGGAAGCAAAAGAUGUUUAUCCCAUUCUCUACCUCUUCUACGAAGACAUUAAGAAAAACCCCAAACACGAAAUUGAGAAGGUGAUGCAGUUCCUGGGGAAGAACCUGGAUGAAAAUAUUUUAGCCAAAAUUGUCCAUUACACUUCAUUUAAUGUAAUGAAGAAGAAUCCCAUGGCAAACUACACAUUUGUUCCAGAAAUGAAUCAUAAUGUUUCCCCAUUCAUGAGGAAAGGCACUGUUGGAGAUUGGAAAAAUUAUUUCACAGUAGCUCAGAAUGAGAGAUUUAAUGAAAUCUAUAAGGCGAAAAUGGCUGAUACUACACUCUCUUUCUCCAUGGACUACUAA